CUUAUGGCCUGGUCUGGAUGGUAACAAUCAUUGGUUUUACGGCUGGUAUCCCCACUGUCAUCUUCGCCUUCACUCUCCUGGCCGCAGGAUGCAGCGCUCCUGAAUGUCUCUCAAGUGCAAUAGUCGCAAGAAAAGGUUAUGGUGAUAUGGCUGUCGCUCAAACUCUGGGGAGCAAUAUAUUUGACAUUUUGCUCUGUCUAGGACUCCCCUGGUUCCUGAGAACCGUAGUAGAGGGGGAUCACGUAAAUGUUGUAAGCGGCAGUAUAUUCUACAGCACCCUUUGUCUGUUUGGAACAGUGAUUUUGCUAAUAUUGUGCUUGAUUUUGAACAAAUGGUAUUUGAAUAAGUUUCUUGCAGUAAUACUCUUCUUUUUUUACAUGUGCUAUGUUUCAAUCGCCACCCUUUUUGGGCUUAAUGUGUUUGGAGAUUUUAACCGACCAACAUGUAAGAGAUAAUUGAAGACACUAAUGGCCAAAGAACCCUUUUGUACUCACAGGCAGCCCAACAAAUCUUGUUGGUGUCUUUCGGAUGUCUUACAGUCUCAUCAAUUAGAAAGAUAGCUAAAUUGACCUAUCAAGCUAAAACACAUUGACCUGUUGCAUCAACUGGCACCGACGAGACGAUGUAAUUUUCAGUGGUUGAUCUUAUAACUGGCAACCAAGUUUUUGUUCAUGUUAGAUAAGCUCUGGAUAAGUUACAAUAACAAGAAAAUCCUGAAAAAACUACAUUUUACGUAGCCAUAGAAAGAUCAAAAUUUUAGCCAAAGUUGGGUUUAUCUACAGCUCAUGUCAGGCUUGUACAUAACAUGUCAGGUGACUUAUUUUUUAGUAAUUUCGGCGGGUUUUUUUCAUUGUGACUGUGUAGCGGUAUUAAAGGGGGAGAGGUUAGCGCACAAAAGCCUCCGGUUAUUCUGAGUUGCGAAUCUUUUUCUUUUCAGUUUUAAUAAAAACACUUCCAAUAGCCGUUCAAAUAUUUUGUUUCCUAAAAAAUAUUAUCGCCUGUUUACUAAUAAAGGUAACUGGUUUUAGCAAGUUACGGUAAGCAGUUUCUUGUCAUUACUUGUUUGGUUUAGCUAUAUGAAACAAAGAGUAACUAAAUUCAGCCUGCGUAGCAAGCGUUUCCGUGCGGUUUCGGAGCAAAAAACGAGGAACGAGAGAUCGAGUCAAAGUAGUAGUAUAAACAAAUAAUAGCACAUGAAUAGCAUGAUUUGUACGUGAUAUUUGGCAUGAGUACAACUUACGAUAUUUCAAAAUUGUCUCAAAUUACGUAUAGCAAUUUCGAAAUAUCACUUGUGGUAUUUAUGCCAAUUAAAAAAAUUGUUCUAAUAGUCGGUGAUUUUUUUCGGUCAGCUGUUUCUUGUCGAUUGGAUGACUCGACAGGCUCAGCAUUUGCGUGACCUUUCGCGUGCAAAAUAACGGAGUUUCUCGUCUGUCCCUUUUUCUUCCCGUUAUCAAGUAAAUAGCAUUACACUCACUAUAGUCUCUCCUUUUUCGAGAAAGAACCAUGAUCAAGAGGCGUUUAGGCUACUGACGUGGCCGUUAUGGUAUUAUGACAGAUUUGUUUGUUUGUCCUUUUUUUCGCGCACCUGGAAUCUCCGGGACAAGAGUUUUCGAGAGCAAACGCGUCUUUUCCGGAUUUGGCCGCACGCGAUGUUAGUACACCGAGGUAAGUGAUGGUGGGCGAAGCGACGGUUUCCUCCUAAUGAAAUUGAAACAACUUUUCAGGCAAUCCAGAGUAAUUUUAGAUCUGUAGAAAUGCAUUCCAAGCGGCGCUAUAAAAAUUGUAUCUCUUUGGUCCCCAGGGCUAGGGAAACUUGAGUUUUUUCGAAAUUACGAGGCUUAGGGCUUCAGUGUUAAUUUCCCAAAAAUUUUAGAUGCAAUUUAACGUAUUACGAACUAGGUAAUCGGCUCCUGUCUUCAUCACAUUCUUGAAUCCUAAAAUUUGAGGUUUCCUUUUUUCUGCGAAAAAUAGCCUAACCUGAGGAGUUUAGUGUUAACGGUUAGGUUAGGCUAUUCGUAGAAAAAAGGAAACCUAAAUUUUUUUGUAAAAUAUCUGUUUGGAGAAGCAGAUGUUGCCUAGAAUUUAUUAGAUAAGCUUUGAAAAUCGGUACAUGAAUGGAACGGUCAUCUAGAAAUUUUUAGCCGUCCUUCUAGGUAACAUCUGCUUCUCCGAACAGAUGUUUUACAGAAAACAGUCCUCGGUGCCCGUAUUCCCCUUUGGAAACUAUCAUGUUUUACUGGUAUUAUGUACAGAGCUAUCAUGACCAUUGGCCCCCGCUUUUGGCACGAUGAUGGGGACUGACUCUUCUCAGUAAGUUUAUCAAAGGGAAAUUCGAAUUCUGCUGUUGCGUGCCCACGUAAAAAUUACGCUACAGAGGAAUACACCUUUACACUGCUCAUGCCGAGCUAUCUAUUUCAGCUUGAUAUAUAUUUAACCGUUUUGCCGUUAUUCCUGCUGUCAUUUUUAAGAGACUCUUGUUUGCCGGCAAAUCUAAUGUUUUUUUUUUUUUUUGAAAAAAAAAUUGCUUAAAUGUGGUCAAAUGGGCUGUUUUGUUCUUGAAGGUAGGAAGCCUUGUCGAUUAAUUGAGUGGAUUUGCCAAAACGUGUGAAACGUGCUCGUGCCUGAUCGAGCAAGCCACCAUAGAGGGUCACAAUGGGGUUAACCGAUAGGCGUAAAACGGCCUUAAAUUUAGUCGAUAGCCGUAAAAAUUGAAAAAAAUUUAACCGUUAGCCGUAAAUAGGGUAAAAAGAGUUAAUCGUAAUAGAAAUUGUUCCCUAGCAGGUUUGUUAAUUUAAGAAAGGCCCGGUAAACUCACUUAUGGUUACGUUUUAUGUGGCGGCUACUUUGACUCCGUACGCACGUUAGGCCAAGCCUUUUAUGUAACUUAGACCUAAACUCUAUUUUCGCCGCUCUCUCGGAGAAAUAAUUUUUUCCAUAGCGAAAAUUUUGCUUUUUGCUGGGGAUUAAUAUUUGCGACUUUCAGGAAGUCGAGCCCUCGAAAUACUAGUGAAACAACACGCAGAGAUAUGUCACUGUUUGUAAAACACGUUGCCGAUAAACAGCAAUUCCCUGUUUUUCUCUAACGCUACGGUAGACAUUGCCAUGCCUAGUCCCCCUGAGGCGUCUUCCCACGCAAGGCAUUUCAGUGGCGUUUCUGCGAAAAAAAUCUCGCUCUGACCAGGUGACCCGAAACGCAUUAGCCGCGCGGAAUAAUGAGGUGAUGAUCUAUCAGAUGUUAAAAUUUUUUUUAAAAAAAAUAGGAUUUCAUCCCGAGAUGAUCCUAAGACCUUUAUUUUGCUUUAAAGAUACAAAAAAUACAGGUUUAUUAAUAUUUAACUCUUUGAAACAAAAGAAAUUAAUCUUUAACUUUUUUGUUAACCGUAGCUGAAAAAUAUUAACCGAUAGCCGUAAAAGAGCCAAAAUUUUAGCCGAUAACCGUAAAAGCCACCACCCCUUUGAGACCCUCUUAUCGCUUAAAAACAAGCUCUAUAAAAGUAACCAUUUUGAAAACCAAGAGCGCGACCAUUGCUUUUUGUCUCUUUUCCUCGUCCCCCUUCUCCUCACAGCUUUGGGGUAAAAGGUUCCUUUUCUUUUCCUGCGGGAUCAGUAGACAUACAGUUGCUUAUCUAUUAGGCGGUAUUGCUCAUUAUUGCACUCCUGUUCCAGCGUCUUCAGUCAGUCGGGAUGAACGAAAGGCCUUUUCAUCUUAGUGAAGCAUUCCAAACUUCUGAAUCUUCCGAAAUCAAAUUUAUCACGAUCUGAAUAGUGGGAAUUAUUUUCGGAAUAAGUUCUUGUCACUGUCUUGUGUUCUUUCGAUUAAAACUAGUACUCACUGUAUAGAUUUAGCCUUUGCAUUGUAUUCUUUGCCCCAAAUAAGAUUCUUGACUUGUUUUUACAUAAAGUUCAGCACUACUACUACUACUAGUACUACUAGUACUCCAUGCAGUUAAACUUGGUUUUCAUUCAUUAUUGCUAGCUCUAGCAUCUCAAUCUCGUAUGAAAAGAGUAACGAUUAAAAAAGAAAAAGAAGAAGCAGAAAUGGGAGAAAUAUGAUAUUUGCUUGCUGAGAGGGUCACAAUGGGGUUAACCGAUAGGCGUAAAACGGCCUUAAAUUUAGUCGAUAGCCGUAAAAAUUGAAAAAAUUUAACCGUUAGCCGUAAAUAGGGUAAAAAGAGUUAGUCGUAAUAGAAAUUGUUCCCUAGCAGGUUUGUUAAUUUAAGAAAGGCCCGGUAAACUCACUUAUGGUUACGUUUUAUGUGCCGGCUACUUUGACUCCGUACGCACGUUAGGCCAAGCCUUUUAUGUAACUUAGACCUAAACUCUAUUUUCGCCGCUCUCUCGGAGAACUAAUUUUUUCCAUAGCGAAAAUUUUGCUUUUUGCUGGGGAUUAAUAUUUGCGACUUUCAGGAGGUCGAGCCCUCGAAAUACUAGUGAAACAACACGCAGAGAUAUGUCACUGUUUGUAAAACACGUUGCCGAUAAACAGCAAUUCCCUGUUUUUCUCUGACGCUACGGUAGACAUUGCCAUGCCUAGUCCCCCUGAGGCGUCUUCCCACGCAAGGCAUUUCAGUGGCGUUUCUGCGAAAAAAAUCUCGCUCUGACCAGGUGACCCGAAACGCAUUAGCCGCGCGGAAUAAUGAGGUGAUGAUCUAUCAGAUGUUAAAAUUUUUUUUAAAAAAAAUAGGAUUUCAUCCCGAGAUGAUCCUAAGACCUUUAUUUUGCUUUAAAGAUACAAAAAAUACAGGUUUAUUAAUAUUUAACUCUUUGAAACAAAAGAAAUUAAUCUUUAACUUUUUUGUUAACCGUAGCUGAAAAAUAUUAACCGAUAGCCGUAAAAGAGCCAAAAUUUUAGCCGAUAACCGUAAAAGCCACCACCCCAUUGAGACCCUCUGCUGAGCACCUAAUAGGGAGCUUAAGCAUCAACGUUUUUGAGCGACGCACGUCAACCGGAAGUGGCCUUUUUUCAUUUUUUGACGGUGGUUUCGCGCAAAUUUUCAGUCAAAUCGCCUCUAUAACAGUAAAGAAGCUAAGGAAUACAAAUUUUAUAUCAUCAAGGCAUGUUAACAGGGAAAAUACCUCACUUCCGGUUGACGUGCGUCGCUCAAAAACGUCGCUGCUUAAGCUCCCUAAUAACUCGUGACUGGAACGGACUUGAUGUGUUCAGUCGUGCCCAUCCUGUUAGGGGAUGCCGCUGGCAGGAAUUACCGGAUUUUUAUGGUAAUCUUAUCCCUGAUAUGGGUGGGGUGAUCAAGAAUCCAACAUGCUCCUUCACAUUUAUUAUAAUACUUUUUUAAAGUGAAAAAAGUCAUUUAUGCAGAUUUAUUUAUUUGUAGAUAGAGAAAUAGUGAUCCAUACUUGCACUAUAUGACAAAUUUACGACCGAUUUCGAAGGGAUUGUCGUCGUUCGACAAGCUGCAACUUGUCAUUUGCUAAACUUAUAUAACACUAUCGUGUUUCUUUUUUAAGAUUCGGAUGAACGUGUUGACCCCCGUUUUCAUGCAACGGCUCGGCACACGAUAUUGCUCAAUCUUAGUGUUAAAUGAAAGGUCGGCUCAAGUCAGUGCUUUAAGUUCUGAGGCUCAACUGCUUCUUGUUUCCAAGCGUGUUUUACAAGUUGUUUUAAGACGUGUCGUCGCAACAAUCAAGCCAUUCUGGACUUUAUCUUGCGGUGAGUCAGGAGAACAAUGGAGGUAGAAAUAAACAAAAGCAUUCCUUACAAGCCAUCCGUCGAAAACUUUCCACUAGAUUUUAUGACACCAGACCGGAGACGCCAUGGGGGCAUCGUCUCUCACUUUCUGAUAGCGCUUUAUAUGUUUGGUGCCUUAACUUUGGUCUGCGAUAAGUACUUCAUUCCCUCUCUGGAAAGCAUCACCCACAAGUUCAAGGUGCGCUCAGAUGUUGCCGGGGCCACGUUUAUGGCCGCCGGUGGUUCGGCAGCUGAGCUGUUUAUCUGCAUCGUUGGUGUUUUUGUGGCCAAAAACGACAUUGGCCCUGGAACUGUUGUGGGAUCCGCGGCGUUUAACCUUCUGUUUGUCGUGGGUUUAUGUGGUCUGUUUGCUGGCUCAGUCCUGCGUUUGUCACGCUGGUCCCUGUUGCGUGACUCAUUCUGUUACCUGUUAAGUAUUGGCGCCCUGGUCGCCAUCAUUUUCGACGGGAAAGUAUACUGGUACGAGGCAUUGCUGUUGGUCUGUAUGUACUUAUUUUAUGUUGUUAUUAUGUACCAUAAUCAAACCAUUGAAGAGUUCUUCUUUAAUAAGUUAACAAAAGUCACUGAGAAAACAAGUCAAAGAAGCAGUGACGUCGAAAAGAAUGAAGAAGAUGACGAGAAAACGAAAUUGCUCUCAAAUGAAAAAGAAGGCAAAAACCUCAGGCAAGAUGAGAAACACCUACUUGUCACCGAACCUCAAAUUCAAGUUCAAAUCAAUCAAAAUGAUGAAUCACCUUUUUCAUUUCCUGAAGGAACUUUUCAGAGAUUCUUGUGGUUAAUGAAGUUACCCGUCCAGUGCUUGAUGUUCCUGACAAUUCCCGACUGCCGUACAGACAGAUGGGAGAAGUGGUAUUUUGUCACAUUCAUUAUGUCUCUGAUAUGGAUCGGAUUGUUCUCUUACAUCCUGGUUUGGAUGGUGACCAUAAUCGGCUUCACGCUUGGCAUCUCUGAUGUUAUAAUGGGCCUUACCUUUUUGGCGGCAGGAGGCAGUGUGUCUGAUGGAAUAUCCAGCCUUAUAGUUGCUCGUCAAGGCGACGGGGACAUGGCUGUCGCUAACGUAUUUGGAAGCAAUUUAUUUGACAUUUUGUUAUGCCUAGGACUCCCUUGGCUUUUUAAGACCUCACUUAUUGACUCUGGAAGCCAUGUGAACGUGGAGGAUGGCCACGUGAUUUACACGUUACUUUGCCUUUUGGCAGGGGUGAUCUUAGCAAUACUCUCUAUAAAGCUCAACAAAUGGUGUUUAAGUAA